AUGGCUCAUCCUGUGAUUGAACCGCUGAUGACCUGUGUGGGCGGGCCUGGGGGAGGAGGAGCGUCAGAGGGGAUGAGUGGAGGGGAUGGGGAGGAGGUGUUGGGGGACUUGAACAAGCCUGCUGGUGGUGGUGGUGCUGCUGCUGCUGCUGCUGCUGCUGCUGCUGCUGCUGCUGCUGCUGCUCCUGGUGCUCCUGCUCCUGCUGCUGCUGUGCAAGAGGCGAGCGGGGAGGAACAGAUUCAGCGCAUGCUGGCUGGGCUGUCGCACCUUGCACGCUUCCUACGACUGCAGCAAGCACAGCAGCAAGAGGCCGAGGCAGAGGCAGAGGCAGAGGCAAAAGCAGAGGCAGAGGCAGAGGCAGAGGCAGAGGCGGAGGCAAAAGCAGAGGCAGGGGCAGAGGCAGAGGCAGAGGGAGGGGAAGCGGUGCUGUCGGGCCGUGUGAUGGCGAUGGCGCAGAUGGGUGGAGGCAGCGAGGACGAGCGGCAGCAGCUCAUGACUCUCCUGCAGGCGCUCAAGCAGGAGGAGGAGGGGAAUCUGUCGCAGCAACUGAGGCGGAAGCAGCAGCAGAAGCAGAAGCAGACGGAGAAGGAGGAGGACAAGGAGGAGAAGCAGAAGCAGAGCCUAUGCAAGCGGAGGAAGGGGCAGAGGGCGGUGAAUCAAGAGCAGCCAAGGCAAGUGGAGUCCGCCCUUGCUUCCACGUUUGCUCCCAGAUACGCUCCAGAUGGCGCUCUGCGAUUGGCUCAUGGCGGAGGAGGCGGGUGUGGGCACACGGGGGGCCGCCGUGGGGAGAGGAGCGGCAGUGGUGGUGGCAGCGGUGGUGGUGGCAGUGACCCUGGCAGCGGUGGUGGUGGCAGUGACCCUGGGUUUUCUCUGCAUGGCAAUUGUGCCAACCCCAGCAGUGCCAUGAGUAAUGGGAUCUGCAAUAGCAACGUGAAGGUGGAACCACAUGGCAUCAGCAGGAGCGUUUUCAGCAGCACCGGCACCAACGCAGCGAGCGAUGCCGGAAAGAAGAGGAAAACCCCAGACCGCCCAGGAGGCCCCUCCUCUGGCUGCGCUACAGCCGCUCACACGCCGCAGCAGCACACCAGGCAGACCCACCGUGCCUGCUACAGCCGGAGCGCACUCGGGCCGGCCAGUGCUUCAUUUGUUCAGCUGAACCCAGAGGAACCCUCGCAUUCCCAGAGGAUAGGGUCGUCUAUCCUGGGCGCUGCCAUGGUUGUUGAUCCUCAUAUCCCGGUGCCAGAUGUGAGGGUCAACCAGAGUGGUGUGCUGGAAGGCGUGUGCACAAGGGAGCACCAGAGUGGUGUAACUUUCAAGUCGACUCAAAGGUCGCCCCGGGAUGAGCGUGCGGAGAGAUACGAGAGCGAGACCAACGGCCGCGCAUGCGAUGCGCACGAGGAGUGGUGCACGGACGAUGCUUUGGAUGAUCCCAAGGGCCACGUGCAACAUGAAGAGUGCGGCACCAUGCAAGACGAAUGUGGCACGGACGACGAGUGGUUGCCUCGGUGCCAAGACAACAAGACAGGCUCGGCGCCGAACCAGAGGAUCAAGCGCCGGAGCAUGGCAGAGAGGCGGAGGAGGGAGAGGAUCAGCGAGAAACUGCAGAGGCUGAGGGUGAAGGUGAGGGGGCGAGGAGAUACAUGCGCGAUGCUGGAUAGAGCAGUGGGGUAUGUAGAUGCUUUGGAGCGAAGAGUGCUGGAGUUAGAGAGGGCUAUCAUGACAGCUGCUGGGUCUGGGAGAAAUGUUUUCCCCGGCACUGCGUUUGCCGGUUUUGGAUUUGCUGGAAAUGCUUUUGCUACUGAUUCCGCGGCACUGAGUUCUUUACCAGCUGCAUUUACAUCGGUCCCGACUAGCCUCGGGAGUGACGGUGUUGCUAGCUGGCCUUGGGAGUGA